CGUCCUGCGCAUGCUCAGUAUGCUGCGACCCCUGUUUGAGGACAGCGUCGGGUCGCGCGGCGCCCGCAGAACAGUCUCCUUGCGGCAUGAGGGGCUGUAAUCUGGCUGCUGCCUCCUCCUCCUUGCUCGGGCGCCAUGAAAUGCCUCCGGAGCCUGACUGGGCUCCUUCCCUGCUUGGCGGGGCUGCCCCGGCGGACCCUGUGCGCCCUGGCCUUGGGCCUCUGCCCCGUGGCUCGCCCUAUUUCUUCUUUGGGCCGCUCGACCUGCUUGCUGGAAAGAAGCUGGGCUUCACCGCUCUGCAGGGCCCCCCCGACCAGCGUGGCAGGUGAAGUGCACCGGUUUAGAACUUUUGACAUUUCUCAAGCCACGUUAGCCAGUGUAGCCCCAGUGUUUACUGUGACAAAAUUUGACCAAGAGGGAAAUGUUACUUCUUUUGAAAGGAAAAAAACUGAAUUAUACCAAGAAUUAGGUCUCCAAGCCAGAGAUUUGAGAUUUCAGCAUGUGAUGAGCAUCACAACCAGAAACAAUAGGAUUAUCAUGAGGAUGGAGUAUUUGAAAGCUGUGGUAACUCCAGAAUGUCUACUGAUACUAGAUUAUCGUAAUUUAAACUUAGAGCAGUGGCUCUUCCGGGAACUUCCAUCACAGUUGGCUGGAGGUGGUCAGCUUGUCACAUACCCUUUACCAUUUGAGUUCAGAGCUAUAGAAGCACUCCUGCAGUAUUGGAUCAACACCCUUCAGGGGAAACUUAGCGUUUUGCAGCCACUGAUCCUUGAGACACUGGAAGCUUUAGUGGAUCCCAAACAUUCUUCUAUAGACAGAAGCAAACUGCACAUCUUACUACAGAACGGCAAAAGUCUGUCAGAGUUAGAAACAGAUAUUAAAAUUUUUAAAGAAUCAAUUUUGGAGAUCUUGGACGAAGAGGAGUUGAUAGAAGAGCUCUGCCUGACAAAGUGGACUGACAUCCACAUCUUUGAAAAGAGCAGUGCUGGGAUUGACCACGCAGAGGAGAUGGAGCUGCUGCUGGAAAACUACUACCGCUUAGCUGAAGACCUUUCCAACGCGGCUCGGGAGCUCAGGGUGCUAAUUGACGACUCACAGAGCAUUAUUUUUAUCAAUCUGGAUAGCCACCGGAAUGUGAUGAUGAGGUUGAAUCUACAGUUGACCAUGGGAACCUUCUCUCUUUCACUCUUUGGACUAAUAGGAGUUGCUUUUGGCAUGAAUUUGGAAUCUUCCCUUGAGGAGGACCAUAGAGUGUUCUGGCUGAUCACAGGGAUCAUGUUCAUGGGAAGUGGCCUCAUCUGGAGGCGUUUGCUUUCAUUCCUCGGAAGACAACUAGAAUCUCCUUUGCCUCCUAGGGUGUCCUCUUUACCUAAAAAGACCCUUCUGGCAGGCAGAGGGAUGGAAGUGAAAAACAGCCUCAGGCCAGAUGGACUUGGAUCAAGCAGAAAUAUACUAACAACCCGUUAGUAACAACCUGGUGGACACGAAAUAUUUUUUUAUACUUCUGGUACUGUUACAAUUACUUUUAUAGUCCUUCACUUGAAAAAAAAUCAAUAUUUAAAUUAUGUCUGAUAAAGUUGUAGUCACAAUUCUAGAACCUGAUUGUAUUUCCAGAAUUCUGAGUAAACAGCUAAGUGCUUGAUUUGUGAAAGGCCAAAAAUCCUAUUUCCUACAGACUUUAAAUACGGUUUUUAUAGAUAGAAUGUGGGGUGUAGAGAAUAAUACAAGAAGAGACUUAUAUAGACUAAUUUAUACAUGAAGAAAUUCUGAGCAAAGCCUCAAAUUUGAUUCAAACCCAUGGUUUCUGUGGUCAGAUAUGGCAGUUCUUAGUACAGGGAAUGGUGUUCAAGUGAAUCUCCACUCAGUUGCCUGAAGUGCUAGCAUAAUACUUGCUACCUUUAAAAUAAACUCUGGAAAGUUGUGCCUUAAAAACAAUCCUUGUCGGGUGUGGUGGAGCACUCCUGUAAUUCCAGCACUCAGGAGGCUGAGGCAGAGGGAUCACUGUGAGUU